AUGACGGAACAAUUCUCCGCGGCCACCGAAUCUUCUGCGAUUGAUGCUGCGCUGGAUCACCAGGAGCAAGCGCCAUUUUUUUGCCUUCCCUGGGAAAUCCGAAUCGUCAUCUACGAACUCGCAUUUCCUCGUAUCAACUCACCACAGCUCAUCUACACUGAUGUCGGAGGCAUACCCUCAUUCAACGACAUCAGCAAUAUCCCCUCCGGAAGCCCUCCACAAUUGAAACGAAUCGCUUGCAACGGCGUAUUCGAAGACAAGGGAAUCGAGAUCAGGGCACAACGUUUCGCUGCACGCUUUGAAGCCGAAAGAGUCGACGACAGGAGCGGGUUCUGCCAGUCUGUUCUGGACUUGAUCAGGCGCCCUCACGAUGAAUCCAUUUACCCACUCCCUCUAUUGCUUGCAUGCCGACGGAUGUACGAAGAUGUCGCACCUCACUGCGAACAGUCCAUUGCAAUCCAAGAUUUUUUCUCGCUCGAAUUGUUUUUAACCAGAAUUUCCCGUGGGGUUUUGGCAAAUGGCCUCUCGUCUCGCCUCAACAAAGUCUCGCUUGAUGUCAAGCUCAGUAGCGACGGCGCGUUCAAGCCAUCAUCCCGGAAAAAGAUUCUCGCCAGCUGGUCUGGAGCAUGUCAAAGGCUCACAUCACUCGGAAGUAUUAAACAUUUCCAUGUUCGACUCGAAAUUCCACUCUCUCAGCAAAGAUCAGUGCCCGGUCACAUUCAUCUCCAUAUGAUCAAGCAAUUGAGUCCUAUCGCUGCAGCCAUACCCAAGAUUGAAGUUGAGCUAAUGCUUACAUCAACGGUUCAUCCCAAGUCGGAAAGGAUCUGGGUAUACCGGCCGGGUCCGACUAGACAACAUCGUGGCUACGAAGUGCCGGGAUGGACGGCGGAGAUAUCGGUAUGGGGCUCAUUUCCCCGACUCGACGAUAUCCCAUCACCGCUGAAGGAGCUGUAA